CCCGCCCCAAGAUGGACGCCCCCAGCGCCCGGGCGCAGCUCCGCCGGCGCUACCUGCUGGCGCCCGACGCCGAGGCGCCGCCGGACGGCCAGGGCCACGCCGGGUCGGAAAUCUCCACAGCCGUUGAGAAAAAGGAGAAACCUCUCCCAAGACUUAAUGUCCAUUCUGGAUUCUGGAUUUUGGCAUCCAUCGGUGUGACUUACUAUGCAGAUUUCUUUAAAACUGUUAAAGAAAACAUUCACACUAAUAGCUGGAUUCUCUGUGGUGGCGCCUUGCUGCUCGUCAGCCUGUCGGUCGCCUUCUACUGCAUCCUCUAUCUGGAGUGGUACCGUGGGAUUGAGGACUACGAUGCCAAGUAUCCAACCCUCAUCCCCAUUACCACUGCGACCUUCAUUGUCUCAGGGCUCUGCUUCAACGUGGCCCUGUGGCACGUGUGGUCCAUCUUCACCCCACUCCUGCUCUUCACCCAGUUCAUGGGGAUUGUCAUGCUGGUCUCGCUCCUGGGGUGACGGCGGCAGGUGCGGCCCUGCGGCUGGGCGUGAGUGAGCCCUGCGCCCAGGGGGAGAGGAAGAGCGACCGGUGGCUUGUUUGCUCUGAGAAGUGAGCAUCCUCUGGCAGCCGUGACCGGGCUGCACGAGAGGGCAGAAUGAAGCGUUCCUUGGCACAUUCUACAACCGAGGGGAUCACUGAAUGCUUGAGAUCCAAAACAGAAGCAUUGUGUGCAGGAGAGAGCUGUGCCUGUGUGAGUCCCUGCAGGCAGCAUGGGUGUGCGGUGUGCCCUGCCGUGGACCCACGUGGCAGCUGUCCCAGGACUUCAUCUUUAUUGUUGAUGUUCUGAUUUCCCAUCUGUGGAUAUUACUGUUAGAAAUUAUUGCAUUUUUAGCACUGGGUUCUCACUUCGGUCAUCUUGUGUAUAAUUCUUUUCCCUAACACU